AUGGCGGCGGCGGCCGACGGCGAGGCGCGGCGGCGCGGGUGCUGCGCCCCGGGGUCGCUCUUCCCUGAGGAGUCCUUCAGCAGCUGGUCCGCGUACGGGCGUGCGCUGCUGGAGACGGGGCCGCGGCUGCGGGACCGGGCGACGGCGCGAUCGCUCGACGCGACGGAGCUGCACGACGUCCGCGCCCGGAGCGGCGCCGAGAUGAGGCGCACGCUGACCUGGUGGGACCUCAUCUGGUUCGGCAUCGGCGCCGUCAUCGGGGCGGGCAUCUUCGUCCUCACGGGGCAGGAGGCCAAGGAGGCCGCCGGACCCGCCGUCGUGGUCUCCUACGCCGUCUCCGGCGUGUCGGCCAUGCUCUCCGUGUUCUGCUACACAGAGUUCGCCGUCGAGAUCCCCGUUGCAGGUGGUUCGUUCGCGUACCUCCGUGUGGAGCUUGGCGACUUCAUGGCGUUCAUCGCCGCAGGCAACAUCCUCCUGGAGUACUGCAUCGGCGGCGCGGCAGUGGCGCGGUCGUGGACGUCCUACUUCGCGACGCUGCUGAAUCACCACCCCAACGACUUCCGCAUCCACGCCGCCUCCCUCUCCGAGGACUACUCGCGGCUGGACCCCAUCGCCGUCGUGGUGAUCACGCUCAUAUGCCUCUUCGCCGUGCUGAGCACCAAGGGCUCCUCCCGCUUCAACUACAUCCUCUCCAUCGUCCACAUCGCCGUCAUCGUCUUCAUCAUCGUGGCCGGGCUCACCCGCGCCAAGGCCUCCAACCUCACCACCGACUUCGCGCCCUUCGGCGUGCGCGGCAUUUUCGCCGCCUCGGCCGUGCUCUUCUUCGCCUAUAUUGGCUUCGACGCCGUGAGCACCAUGGCCGAGGAGACCAAGAACCCCGCCAAGGACAUCCCCGUGGGGCUCGUCGGUGCCAUGACGCUCACCACCGCCGUCUACUGCGUGCUCGCCGUCGUGCUCUGCCUCAUGCAGCCGUACAAGGACAUCGACCCGGACGCGCCAUUCACUGUCGCCUUCACCGCCACCGGCAUGGACUGGGCCAAGUACAUCGUCGCCUUCGGCGCGCUCAAGGGCAUGACCACCGUGUUGCUCGUCAGCGCUGUGGGGCAGGCCAGGUACCUCACCCACAUCGCGCGGACGCACAUGGUGCCCCCCUGCCUCGCGCAGGUGCACCCCAGGUUUGGCACGCCCGUGAACGCCACCAUCGUCAUGCUCGCGGCGACAGCUGUGAUCGCCUUCUUCACCGACCUCGGCAUCCUCUCCAACCUGCUGUCCAUCUCCACGCUCUUCAUCUUCAUGCUCGUGGCCGUGGCGCUCCUCGUCCGCCGCUACUACGUCGCCGGAGAGACCACUGGCUCCGACCGGAACAAGCUCGCGGCGUGCCUCGCCGUGAUCAUCGCGUCGUCGGUGGCGACGGCGGCGUACUGGGGGCUGAGCUCGGGUGGCGGGUGGGUGGCGUACGCAGUGACGUUGCCGGCGUGGGUGGCCGCGACGCUGUACCUGCAGUGCUGCGUACCCAAGGCGCGGGCGCCCAAGAUGUGGGGUGUGCCGCUGGUGCCGUGGCUGCCGGCGGCGUCCAUCUUCAUCAACAUCUUCCUGCUCGGCUCCAUCGACGCCAAGUCGUUCAUGCGGUUCGGGAUCUGGACGGCGGCGCUUCUCGCCUACUACUUCUUCUUCGGGCUGCACGCGUCAUACGACACGGCCAAGGCGCUCGCUGCCGAGGCCGACGCGGCCAGGGUGGAGGAAGGCGCCCGCAAGGCCGUCGACGGCGCCGGCGCCGGCGCCGGCGGCAACUAA